CAAAAACAAACAAUCUUUCAUUUUAAGUCACCAGAAAAGUUGACCGACAAUCAGUGAUUGAUCGGUGCAAUGGCGAGGUAUAAUCGGACGGGCACAAAUAGGAGCCUGGAGAGCCUGCUCGACAUGGAUAAGUCAUCGCAGGUGGCGAAAACCGUGAUGAGGCAGACAAACAGGAGGACGAUACCGGGACAGGGUCUGGAAUUCAACAACCUAUCUUACAGUGUGAUAAAGAAGCAGAAGAAGGAUGGUGUUUGGAUCACAAAAGAAGCUUAUCUUCUCAAUGAUAUAUCUGGGCAGGCCAUUAGAGGUGAAAUCAUGGCCAUUUUAGGACCUAGUGGUGCUGGCAAGUCCACUUUUCUUGAUGCCUUGGCUGGGAGGAUUGCUCAGGGCAGCCUUGAAGGGUCUGUUAGGAUUGAUGGCAAGCCUGUCACGACUAGCUACAUGAAGAUGAUUUCAUCUUAUGUGAUGCAAGACGAUCAACUCUUCCCCAUGUUGACUGUCUUUGAGACCUUCAUGUUUGCCGCUGAGGUCCGACUCCCACCUUCCAUUUCCAAGCUUGAGAAGAAGAAUAGAGUCUUCGAGCUCCUCGACCAACUCGGCUUACAGAGUACAACACACACAUAUAUCGGCGAUGAAGGAAGGAGAGGAGUGUCAGGAGGUGAGCGCCGGAGGGUUUCUAUAGGGAUCGACAUAAUCCACAAACCGUCCCUCUUGUUUCUCGAUGAACCGACCUCUGGUCUCGACUCGACAAGUGCUUACAGUGUGGUGGAAAAAGUGAAGGCUAUCGCUCAAAGCGGUAGCAUCGUCCUCAUGACCAUCCACCAACCUUCCUUCCGAAUCCAAAUGCUCCUCGACCGCAUCACCGUCCUUGCAAGAGGGAGAUUGGUAUAUUUGGGAAACCCAACUGCACUUCCUGGUCAUCUCUCUGGAUUCGGACGGCCGGUUCCAGAUAGUGAGAACAGCCUCGAAUAUCUCCUUGAUGUUAUCAAAGAGUACGACGAAUCAACAGUGGGGCUUGAUCCACUUGUGGUGUACCAGCGCGAUGGCAUCAAACCCAAUCAAGUGGCCAGGACCCCUGUACCGAGAACACCCAAAACCAAAACUCUGAGAACUCCUCGGACUCCUCAUGGAAGGACACCUGUAUCGAGGCAUAUGAUCAGCCUGCGUAGCAAUCAAUUCUCCACUGGAAACGCAACGCCUCGAUUGGACUCUGGGCAAUUUGAUUAUGAUGAUGAUGACGACGAUGAUGAUUUUGACAACUCCCUAGAACGCAAGAGCGCUCCAACACCUAUGCACCCAUCAAGCGGUGUCUAUAAUCCCCGCUUGGCUUCUCAUUUCUAUAAAGAUUUCUCGGUUUGGUUGUACCAUGGUGUCACGCGGACUUCUCGUCACCAACCUUCAUGGACCCCGGCAAGAACCCCGGGACGCACACCUGGGAAGACACCUGUCUCCGGUGCAAGAAGUCAAGUUUCAAGCCGAUAUCCAACACCUCAGCAAACACCUAUGCCAACCCCUUCUCGGACAAAGACACCGGUAGUCUUCAGCCAAGCAUCACCGUCAACGAAUCAAUAUGAGCCUUCUUAUGAAGAUUUUGACAUAGAAGAAGUGCUUGAUGUGUCAGAUCACGGACCCAAAUUCGCAAAUCCGUGGCUCCGUGAGGUUGCGGUUCUCUCGUGGAGGAACGCACUUAACGUGGUCCGCACACCAGAAUUAUUCCUUUCCCGUGAGAUUGUUUUGACAGUUAUGGCUCUCGUUCUAGCCUCCCUCUUCAAAAAACUACACAAUGAUGACUUCAAAACCAUCAAUCGGCUCCUCAACUUCUACAUCUUCGCAGUCUGCUUAAUCUUCUUUUCAUCCAAUGACGCUGUCCCUACAUUCAUCCAAGAACGAUUCAUCUUCAUCCGAGAGACUUCCCACAACGCUUAUCGAGCUUCAUCAUAUGUCAUUUCCUCCCUCAUUGUCUACCUCCCCUUUUUUGCCAUUCAAGGUUUCACAUUCGCUGCGAUCACCCAUUUCAUACUUCAUCUCCGAAGCAGUCUCAUUAACUUCUGGCUCAUCCUUUAUGCCUCACUGAUCACUACUAACGCUUACGUGAUGCUCGUUAGUGCACUUGUUCCGAGUUACAUCACUGGUUACGCAGUCGUGAUCGCCACAACAGCUCUUUUCUUCCUCACUUGCGGCUUCUUCUUGAAGGCGUCUCAGAUACCCAAGUACUGGGUGUGGCUCCAUUACAUUUCUGCAAUCAAGUACCCAUUUGAGGCCAUGCUAACAAACGAGUUCAAGGGUAAGCAAUGCUAUUCUGGCAACGCAGCAGAUCUUUCGCCUGGUCCUUUGGGAGCAUUGAAGAUCAGCAAACUACACAGGGAUUCCCUAGAACUGAGUAACUGCACAUUGAUUGGAGAAGAUGUUCUGUACACCAUGGACAUUACACUGAAGAACAUCUGGUACGACAUUCUCAUAUUGUUGGCGUGGGGGGUCCUUUACCGUCUCUUCUUCUAUCUGGUUCUCAGAUUCUAUUCCAAGAAUGAGAGAAAAUAAAUCACUCGUAUCUGAUUGCAAAUGUUGUGUUUUUAUUUCAUGUGUCUUGUAACUCUAAGACUACAUUUGGAAGAAUUAUCAACGAAGGAAAUUCACAAAUCAAUGUUAGAAUGACCAUCUAUAUUUGAACUCUAGUUUCCAUAUCAAGGAAAUAAAUGCCAAAAAUAUAUAACCAUUCCAUCUUUUCUAUAAUAUAA